CGUCUAUAAAAAAAGGCGGGAAAAAUCGAAAUGUUGAAACAGUCCUUUUUGUUGUUGGAGUUUGGCUUUUGAGACUCUGUGCUUUUGAACAAACACAAUAGACGAGAAAAUGCAGCAGUUGCGAAGUGUGCUGAACGCGUACGAAGACGAGUUUGCAGCCUUCUCUGAGCAAUGGGAUACAUGCACUGCGACGUCGCUGCGCACAGCGGGAAUCAGCCCAGCGACAAAGCUGCGGCCGUACCAAUUGGAGGGCGUUGACUGGCUCGCGCGAAAGCUCGCCUUCCGCGCGCACCUCAGGGCAUUGCUCGGCGUGCCUGCUGGCGAAGUUGCGUCGGCAUCAUUGCGCUCUGGCGACGGGAGCAUGGACUUGGGGCAGGAUGACGGGUCGUCGUACAGCAACCGGGUUGCCGGCAAUUCACGCACAAGCAACGCCGCACUGACAAUGGCAAAGGCGCUGUGCAACCACACAGGCGCCAUUCUCGGCGACGAAAUGGGGCUCGGCAAGACCUUGCAGUCGAUCGGUGUCAUCCAGCUCGCGCGGUCGCGGCUGCUUGACACAACUUUUGCGGCAACCUCCGCUGCCAAGCCGUGCCUGGUGGUUGCACCACUCUCGGUGCUGGACAAUUGGGCCGCAGAGCUCGAAAAGUUUGCUCCGUCGCUGGCUGUCGUGUCGUAUGCUGGAAGCAAGGAAGAGCGGCAGUCGCUUGGCGAGACCCUCGUGCGACAAACUGCAGCCAUGGCUCGUGGCUCGAUGCAUCGAAAUGGUCCGGUCGAUGUCAUUCUCACAACCUUUGACAUUGCCAUCAAGGACGCGGAGGUGCUGCAAUCCAUCUCCUUCUCUGCCAUGGUCGUGGAUGAAGCCCACCGGCUCAAGAAUGCCGAGUCUGUCCUGUUCCAGACCCUCAGCCAGUUCUCCUGCCCCUUCCGGCUGCUCUUGACUGGCACCCCCGUGCAGAACAAUCUCAGCGAAUUGUAUUCGUUGUUUCGUUUCGUGGCACCCAAAGUUUUCACGGAAUCCCUUCGCGAAGGGUUUCUGGAAACAUUUGACGAGGUCGCCUCCGACGAAGAGUCUGCCACAGAGCUACACUUGAUGCUCAUGCCGUUUUUGCUUCGUCGCGAAAAGGCGCAGGUCGCGGCCGAUCUACCAGCAAAGGAGGAGGUUGUGCUCCAAUGCACACUCACCCAGCUCCAGAAAAAGUACUACAAGGCGAUUCUCAAGAAGGACAUUGACGCCUUUGCCAACCCCACGAAAACGCGACUGAUGAACAUUUUGAUGGAGCUGCGCAAGUGCGUCAAUCACCCGUACCUGUUUGACGGCGUCGAGCCAGAGCCGUUCCAGCUGGGGCGCCACCUCAUUGAUGCCAGCACCAAGCUGCGCAUGCUGGACGCGCUACUGCCGUUCCUCAAGCAGCGGGGUCACCGCGUCCUGAUUUUCUCCCAGAUGACGCGCAUGCUGGACAUUCUGCAGGACUACUUGCACUUUUGUGGCUACGGCUACGAGCGACUCGAUGGCUCUGUUCGUGGCGAGGAGCGCUUUCUAGCCGUGAACAAGUUUAAUGGGGCGCAACGGCGACCAACGAACAAGCAGGCGGCAGCCAAGCCAACCCCAGCGUUCAAAGCACCCCGUCGAAACGUGAUUGAUUCGGAUGACGACGACGAUGAGCCUGUGAUUACCAGCUCAAACAGCCACAACAAGGAAAACGACCGCAGCACCACCAGCAACAACAUCGACGACGACGACAACGACUGCUUCGUCUUUCUCUUGAGCACCCGAGCCGGCGGUCUUGGCUUGAAUCUCGUGUCGGCAGACACUGUCAUCUUUUUCGAUUCCGACUUCAACCCUCAGGCAGACCUACAAGCAGCAGCGCGUGCACAUCGCCUCGGCCAGACGCGGCCGGUGCGCGUGAUUCGUCUCGUCGCGCAGCACACAGUGGAAGAGAUUGUCUUGCGAAGAGCUCAACGCAAGCUCGAGCUCACUCACGCGGUCAUCCAAAAAGGCCAUUUUGGGGGAGGCACGCAAUCUGCAGCGCAGCCAGGAGAAGUCUCGGGCGCGACUGGCGAUGAGCUCUCGGACAUGCUCAAGUAUGGCGUCGAGCACUUGUUUGUCACUGAAUCCGUGGACGACGACGAGUUGACCGAUGCGUAUUUGACGAGUCUGGUGGGCGACACUGAUCCCAAGACGCAACACUGGCUGCCGAUGGCGGCGCCUAUUGCCCGCGAGUCCGUAUCGGAUGAUGACGCAGCUGCAGAGUCCACAGGCCCGUCCCGACAACAGCAGCAGCAGCAACAACACCACCAACACCAACACCAACAACAACCCCAGUCGGCAAAGGACGAAGAGGUCUCGGACAGCCUGUAUUUGUGGGAAGGACGCGACUACUCGGAGCAGGCUGCCGCCAAGCCUUCGCGGGCAAAAUCCCCACCACACCCGCAUGGAUUCGAUGCCUUGCUGGCGGAAGCCGAGGGCGAGCGAUCAGCAACCGAGAGUCGCUCGGGCAUGACGAUGGAUGGGCGGCAGCGCCGGGCGCGGCGACCACGCAGCGAUGACGAGGGCGACAGCCAGGACGAGCGUGCCUCGAAACUAUCGCCCGCCGAAUUGCUCGAGCGGCGACGCCAGCGCGAAGAAGCCGAGUUGGAGCGACAACAAGAGCGGCUGGCACAAAAGGCCAAGCGACAAGCGCGCGAGCGAGCCAAGAAGCUCGAGCUGUGGAAAUCGCACGGUUAUCACUCGCAAAAUCUCGUCGAAAUGCUGGAUGCUGUUGCCAGUGGGACCGAGCAGGAAUUGGAGGAGGAGGAGGACAAGGCAGAAGACCAACACCACUACGAGUACCUCAGCGCGUCAUUGCCCGUGCUUGUGCGCGCUUUGCUCGACAAACCUCAAGCUGCAGGACCACAGCGCGCGGUCUUGCGCCGCUGCAGCAGCAGCAGCAGCGUUGUCGACGAAGAUGACGAGGACGAAAUCAACUUUGUUUCCGGGGACGUGACGCGCCCUCAAGUCCAACCGGGCGAGUCGUGCGUGGUUGUGCAUGUCGUGGAUGACGAGGGUCGCUGGGGUCGGGGCGGCGUGUUUUCCGCGCUGGAUCGUCACGCCUUGGCCCGCGGUACCCGCGAGCUGAAAACAGUCGGCGAUUGCUACGAACGGGCGGCCGAGAUGGACGAUCUGCAUCUGGGCGACGUCCAUUUGGUUGAGCUCGCGUCGUCCGACUCCACCGCGCGUCGUUGGGUCGCCCUGCUCGUCUGUUUUAAACGGGAUCGUAAUGGAAACCUGGCGCCCCUUGCGCAAGCUGCCUUCACUACGGCUCUCGAGAAGAUUGCAACGUUUGCGCUCGGAGUGCAAGCCAGCGUCCACCUGCCCCGAAUUGGGCACAACAUGCGAGGCACCGACUACUACUCGAUCGAGCGCAUCAUCCGCAGCCGCCUGGCACGCGCCGGUGUGCACACCAGCAUUUACUAUUAUUCCAAGCAUGGUGGAAGCGCAGCACCCGCACAUGGCCAACCUUCGUCGUCGUCGUCGUCGUCGUCGGGUGUCAAAGCGUCGUCGGCAAGCUCUGGAGGAGGAGAAGAGGAGCAAGGUCGCAAAGUACCCGGUCGUCAGCCACCAAAAAAGUCGACAUUGAGCGAUUCGCGUCGUGUCAACGACAUGGAUACGGAAGAUGAGCUCGAGGAGGCGGCUGCUCCGGUCAGACAAGCUGCUCCGGUCAGACAGUCUGCUCCGGUUUUUGCCAAAGAGCAUUCAAUGACCUCUGAGCCGAUGAUGCAGCAGCAACACGACGACGAUGCAGAUCCCGCCUUGCCUGACACGUUCGUUGGCACCAACAUUUUGCUCUCACCGCAGCUGUCUCCGGAUGUCAAGCGUCGUCUGCAGCGCUACAUUGUUGCCUAUGGCGGGACAAUUGUCAAGCCAGCAGAGCUCGAUUUGUGCACGCAUGUCGUCGUGCCAUCCUUGGACUCUGCUGCAUCCGACCGUGAUAAUGGAAACGCGCCCGCGGUGCUUCCCAGCUGGAUUGACGCUUGCAUUGCUGCUGGCUCGCUGGUGCCCAUCCGCUAGUUGUUCUUGUCUGUCUGUCUGCGUUGAUUUGUGUGAUGGAUGCACAAACAUCACACCACUUUGCGAAACGUUAUCACAUGUAACGAGCUGUGAAUAAACGAAACUUGAU